GUUUGGGCCAGUUCUGGACAUGUCGUCGUGGCUGGGCGGACUGGGUUCUGGCCUGGGCCAGUCUCUGGGUCAGGUCAGCGGCAGCUUGUCGUCCUUCACCGGACAGAUAUCCACCUUUACCAAAGAUAUGCUGCUGGAAGGUGUGGAGGAGGUGGGAGACGCUGCUACAGAACUUCAGGUGUCCAACUCUCGGCUGGCAGACGUGGAGGCUGCGUUCACCGCCCAGAGAUCUGAGUGUGACAGGUUGAAAAGGCUUCAUGCAGAGCUGGAGGAGAAGCUGGAGGCCUCGGAGAUCCAGAUCAAGCAGCAGUCUGCAGACUACAGGACUCUGCUGCACCAGAGAGACGUGGAAAUCAGUCACCUCAAAGCUCGGGAGAGCGGACUCCAAGAAGAGGUGCAGAAGCUGCAGCAGUCGGCCCAGUCCACCUCUGGUUCUGCUGCAGUUCUGCCCGUCACCACUGCUUCCCUGACCUCCACCUCCUCCUCGCCCUCCACCUUCCUGACCCGGUCCUCAGCAUCUCAUCGGGGCUAUCACGGCGACGAAAUCGACAUCAGCGACGUUCUUUGGUCGCAGCAGGAAAUCAACCGACUGUCCACGGAAGUCCUGCGCCUGGAGGCGGAGCUGGCCCACUGGAGGAGAAUGUCUCAGGCGUCUACAGCAACAGGAGCUGCCAACAGAGACCAGGGAGAAACCCUCACACUCCAAAACACCAUCAAGGAGCUGCGAGACGAGAUGAGGCGGGAGCUGGAUGAACAUCAGCACGAGCUGGCGGCGCUUCAAGAUGCUCAGAGACAAAAGAUGGCCGAACUUAGCCGGCGCCACAGAGAAGAGCUGAAGGAGUACGAGGAGCGGAUCGAGGAGCUGGAGGAGCAAAUCCACGGAGGCGGAGGUCAAGCGAGCUCCUCUUCAGGGCUGACCCUUCACACUGUGCAGUCGGGUGAAGCCGCAGCAGAGCUGUCGGCCAGGCUGGAGGACGCCCAGAGGAAGCUGGCCUCCCUGCAGCAGGAGCGGGACGAAGCCCAGGAGGAGAACGGCGAGCUGCUGCAGAACUACGCCCGGCUGCAGGCGUCUGUGAGCGAACUGCAGACCAGAGUGCAGGAGCAGGAGGGCAAGGCUCUGCACAAAGCUCAGCUGGAGAGCCUCAUCCACACGCUGACCACCAAACUGGAAGAUGCAGAAAAAGAAGUGCAGAGAUUGAGAAGUCUUCCUGAGACGGCGGAGGAGGAGGUGGAGCACGCUGACAUCUUGGAACUGAACACCUCCAUCAGAUCACUGAAGCAGCAGAAGGAGGCUCUGGAACAAGAAAAGCUCGAUCUGCAGCAAAGACUGAAACUAGCAGAAGAACAAAGUGUGGUUAAACAUGAGGAGGUGAUGGAGCUGCAGAGGAGAGAACAGCUGAGGGCCACCGAGGAGCGAGACGCCCUGAUGUCUGAGCUGGAGGAGCUGGACCGCCAGAACCAAGAGGCAACGCAGCAUGUGGUCUCGGUGAAGGAGCAGUUGAAGGAGGUUGAGGCCGAGCUCAUGAGAGUCUCUUCAGAACGAGAUGCCACCAACGAACAGAGCAGAGCUUUGGAGCAGGAGCUGCAGGUCCAGAAGGAGAACCUGAGUCGGAGCGCCUUCGCCCUCAAUGAGCUGCACGUGGAGAAGCAGCAGCUGCAGCAAACGCUGAAGGAGCUGAAGGUCAAACUGGGACUUGCUCAGGAGCAGAGUGGAGAAGCACGGAGAGAAGUUGCAGAGCUGAAGAAGACCCUGCAGGGACGAGACGAGCAGCUAGCUGCUGCUAAAGCAGAGCUGGACCAGAGAAGUGAGGGAGGUGCUGAGGAGCAGCUGCAGGAGAAGGAGGUAUCGGACCUCAGGAGGGAACUGGAUCAAAUGAGGAGCUCGUAUGAAAAGGCCAUGUCUGAGGAGUAUGAGAUGAAGAUGGACUCCAGGAGGCUGAGGGAGAAGUGUGACGAUGCUCUGGGUGAAGUCGAAGAGCUAACCCAGCAGCUGAAAGAAAGCCAAACGGCCCUGAACAGAACCGUGAGGGAGAAGGAGACCCGGAUUGAAGCUUUGAGGCUGGAGAAGCAGCAGCUGGAAGGUGAGCUGCUGCGAGCUGAACGGACGCUGACAGAACAGGUGAAGCAGUACCAGCAGACCAUCGAGGAGCUGACCCGAGCUCGCUCCAUGGACGCCUCGGCCUUACAGACCGAACACGAGGCCGCUAUCAAACUGAACCAAGAGAAGGAGCUGGAGAUCACAAAGCUCCGAAGAGACCUGGAGCAGCUGGCGUCUGACCACAGCGACACCAACGAGAUGCUUUCCAUCACCGUCACGGGCCAGAAGCAGCUGACGGACCUGCUGCAGGAGAAGGAUGUCUUCGUGGAGACCUUAAAACAAAAUGCUGCAGAUUUACAGGCUGAGAUGGAGAACAGGAUUUCAGUCAUGGCCAAAGAAGCUGAAGGCUUUAAACAGGCGGUGGAAGACAAGGACAGGCAGCUGGGAGGGAUGAAGGAGGAGAACAGCCAUUUGAAGGAGGAGCUCGAUCGCCUCAAGGAUCAGCAGAGCCGACCUCAACCUCUGGCAGAGCCCAAGACCCUGGACAUCAUCACAGAACUGGAGGCCGAGAUCGCCCAGCUGAAGUCCUUCAAGACGUCUCUGGAAGAAGAGGUUCAGACUCUGAGGAUAACCAUGGAGGAGCAGCGAGGUGAGCUGGAACAGGCCCAGGCUCAGCACCAGCAGGCGACGCUCCACUCUGAUAGACUCGUCCACGCCCGAGACGAGGAGAUCCGUCUCCUGCAGCAAACUGUAGACCAGCUGACUGAGCAUCAAACCCUCAGCCGCUUCCCUGCUCCGCAAGGAGAGGUCAUCCUGCAGGAGCACAAGGCCCUCAGUCAGGAGCACGGCAACGAGAAGCACGACCUGUCGAAGGUGGAAGUGGAACGCCUGGUGAGGGGCAUCAAGGAGAAGGAGACUGAGAUCAUCCAGCUGAACGAGAAGAACGUGGCGCUGGGCAGGCAGCUGGACCAGCUGCUGGUGUCUCGUGAUGAAGUGGGGAAGCUUUCGCAAGUGGUUCGGCAGAAAGAUCUGGAAAUCCAGGAGCUCCAGGCCAGAGCCUCCAUGGGAGGGGGCCACAACCAGGAUGUGCUGUACCUUCAGCAGCAGCUCCAGACGUUUGCUGUGGAGAGAGAGCAGAUGUUAGCCGUGCUCAACGAGAAGACUAGGGAGAAUGGGCAGCUGCGCUCCGACUACCACCGCCUCGUGGACGUUGUUGCUGCGAAGGAAGCUGCUUUAGUGAAGCUUCAGCAGGAGAACUGGCGCCUCUCCAACAUGAGCGAUCCCUCAGGAAGCCAAGAGAUGUUCAAGGAGACCAUCCAGAAUCUGUCUCGGAUCAUCAGGGAGAAGGACAUCGAGAUCGACGCUCUGACCCAGAAGUGCCAAACCCUGGUGACCGUCCUGCAGGCGUCCGGAGGAGAGCACGGCGCCGCCUCUGGAGGCGUCAGCAGCAACCAGUUCCAGGAACUGCUGACGGAGAGGGACGCGCUGAAGCAGCAGGUGAAGAAGAUGGAGGAGUGGAAGCAGCAGGUGAUCACCACCGUGAAGAACAUGCAGCACGAGUCUGCUCAGCUGCAUGAGGAGCUCCUCAGGCUUCAGAGCCAGGUGUCUGCUGACAGCGACUGCAGCUCCAAGCUGUUCGUGGACUACGCUCAGCUCGUUCAGAGCUACGAGCAGAAGGAGAAGAAGCUGGGAGGUCUGAGCCUUGAACUGGCUCAGGUUCAGCAGACCAUCAGCCAGCUCAGCUCCACCAAGGAUGUCCUGCUGGAUAAACUGGACAGUGUAGCCCCGACUCCUGAGUUCAUGGUCGGCCCUUCAGUCCCAGCUGAGGCCUCGAUCCAACAGUCUGCCUCACCUUCAAACAAGCUGCAGGAGGAGCUGGAGCAGCUGCAAGCUCAGCUGACCGACAAGGAGAACCUGAUCAGAACUCUUCAAGAGAACAACCACCGGCUCUGCAGCUCCGAGAGCGAUCGAGCCGAGGAGGUCCGGCAGCUCCGAGAGAGACUGGAGUCCCUGCAGAGAUCGGUCCGGGACAAAGACUUGCUCAUCAAAACCAAAGGAGACCAGCUGGUCCACGUGAGCCAGGCUCUGCAGAACCGCGACAACGACAACGAGGUGCUGAAGCAGGCCGUGACCAACCUGAAGGAGCGCGCCCUCAUUCUGGAGCUGGAGUCCAGGAGCCUGAAGGAGGAGAACGAGCAGGUGGCCGCACGCUCUCGAGAGAAGGAGUCUGAGUUCAGAGCUCUGCAGGAGACCAACAUGCAGGUGUCCCUGCUCCUCCGAGAGAAGGAGUUCGAGCUGAGCGCCGUGAGCGACAAGGCCGCCGCGGUGGAGAGGAUGCUCCACGACAAGCAAACGGGGGACUGCAGUGAGCUGAAGCAGCUCCUGGACGAGCUGACGUCCACGCAGGAGAAGGGCGUGAUGUUCCAGCAGGAGAGGGACCAUCUGAUGAUGGCCCUCAAGCAGAAGCAGAUGGAGACCGCAGCUGUCCAGGCCGAGCUGCAGCACAUCAGGGAUAAAGAACAACGUCUGAACCUGGAGCUGGACAGGUUGCGGACCCACCUGUUGGAGAUCGAAGACUCCUACACUCGAGAGGCCAUCGCCGCAGAGGACCGGGAAACGGAGCUGCGUCGGCGAUUGGCCAUGCUGGACCAGAAACUGGCCUCGUCCUCAAACGCUGUGGAGAACGCCAGCCAACAGGCCAGCAUGCAGGUGGAGUCGCUGCAGGAGCAGCUGGGGGUGGCGGUGCAGCAGAGGGACAGUGCUCUGGCUCAGCUCAGGACGUCUCAGGAGCAGGUCCAGCAGUACGCCGUGUCACUGUCCAACCUGCAGAUGGUUCUGGAGCAGUUCCAGCAAGAGGAGAAGGCCAUGUACUCUGCAGAACUGGAGAAGCACAAGAAGGAGAAGGAGGAGUGGAAGAGAAAAGCUGAUCUGCUUGAAGACCAGGCUUCUGCUCUGCAGCUAAAUCUGGAUGAAGCUAAUGCCGCCUUGGAGUCGGCGUCCCGUCUGAGCGAUCAACUUGAUCAGAAGGAGGAGCAGCUGGAGGAGCUGAAGAGACAAGCGGAGGUGAGGCAGGAGAUGUUGGAGGAGGCCCAGAGGAAACUGAUGCAUCUUCUGAACAGCACAGAGGGGAAGAUAGACAAAGUUCUGAUGCGUAACCUGUUCCUGGGUUACUUUCACACACCUAAAACCAAACAAGCUGACGUGCUCAGGCUGAUGGGAAGCGUGCUGGGACUGAGCCGAGAAGACGUUGAUAAGAUGCUGGAGGAGGAUGCACGGCGGGGUGUUACUGGAUGGGUGUCCAGUUGGCUGGGAGGCAGAGGAGCACAAAGUGUCCCGACCACUCCGCAGAGACCCACUGCUGGUCAGGGGCUGAACUCGUCCUUCUCAGAGAUGUUUGUAAAGUUUUUGGAGAUGGAAUCGACCCCUUCACUGCCUGCACCAAAGCUCCCGGUCCAUGACUUCAAGCCUCUGAGUGCCCCCCCUGCAAGAAGAACCAGUGGUUCUGCUCCCACUGCUGCAGGAGCUGCAGCGUCUGUCAGGCGAGCUGGUGAAGCCAACCCUUUCCUGGCCCCUCGCUCUGCAGCCGUGCCUCUGCUGGCUGGGUCUGGUUCUGGUGGUUCAGGGGGCCACCUGCUGAUGAAGCCCAUCUCCAAUGCUCUGCCCACUUUCACACCUGUACCGGUGUCAGCUGAGGCCAGUGGAGGCGCUGUGCUCAAGGACUUGUUGAAGCAGUGACAUGGCCCACCGGGGGCCGCUCAGAUGUCUGUUUAUCCAGCAGGAGUUCUCUGCAGACGGAGGUUUUCAGGAGCCUACCUGUUACUGCAUCUGGUUCUUCUAGCAACAAUAAAUGAUGAAAGGAUCCAACAAAAUGUCGUAAGCGGUUUGAAAAAGUGUUCAAAGUAAAAUUAUUAUCAACAAUGUUCUCGUGGUUCUAGUUCUAUGCAACAGGCUUUACACAUCAGUAAAGGUUUUGUCUCAGUGCUGCUGUUGGGUCUUAAACCACAAAUAAAACGUUCAAAGAAGCGACUCCACGUGCCAAAAGGAAGCAGGAUGAGAACAUUUUUGAUACGUGGAACUUCCAGUGUGAGAACGUUUAGUUUUUUUUAAUUCCCUCCAAUUCUG